AAAGCUUGGGCGCCAAAUCUUCUUCGGACCGGUCGUUUAAUUCUCGUAUCAUUGCGCACAGACCAAGCAUUUCUUUUCACUUGAUUUCCUCCAUUAAGCGGCAGUCAAAAUACCUAUGGAUGACGCUGAAAUCUUGGAUAAUGCUAAUGAUGCACCUGUAACACAAAUUAAUACAGCUCCUACUCCAGCUAGCGCUGAGCCCGAUGCAGAAAAUACCAAAAUUUCCGAUCCGGCUCCGCCUGUCCCAAGCCCAAGCAUUCAGACUGAUGAACUUCCUCAAAAAGUUCCUGUGACAACGGCUGAAGGAGCUUUGGAAGCGCCGAAAUCUUCUACAAAUAGUCAGGAGGUGGAGAUGGCCGAUGAGCCUGCUGUGGUCUCUGUGUCCUCUAUUGUCCUUUCUGUCAAUGACCACGAGGAAGACAACGCCAUGCAGGUCGACCGACCUCUCAAUGUCACAGAUGCCUUAAGCUAUCUCGAUGCCGUCAAGAACAAGUUCUCCACUCGACCAGACGUUUACAAUCAUUUUCUGGACAUUAUGAAGGAGUUCAAAAGUCAACAGAUCGACACCCCUGGAGUCAUAAAACGGGUCUCUGCAUUAUUCCAAGGGCACCACUCACUCAUUCAAGGAUUCAACACCUUCCUUCCUGUCGGUUAUCGUAUCGAAUGUUCUUCUGACGCAAAUCAUAUAACCGUGACAACUCCACGAGGGACGAAGAUGGAAACGACUGGUAGCGGUGGAGGUAAACCGUUUCACUGGUCUGAUGAACCAGAGCCACAUUCACCAAUACCUCACCCUCCUAAGCAUUCCGAACAUCGUGAGCGGCGCAUUCUCCCCCCUAGCCGCCGGGGCACUCCGGACAUAUCACUGUUACAAGCACCACAAGCUAUGGAACCGGCCGUGGCUUACGUUCAAAAAAUCAAGCAACGCUGCGAUCCGGAGACUUACAGGCAAUUCUUGGAUAUCUUGUCCCGUUAUCAUCAUUCGCCUGAAUCGAUCAAUGAGGAAGAAGUGUCGAAACAAAUUAGCCAACUAUUUAAAGAUGCUCCCGAUUUGAGGUCUGACUUUAGAAUAUUCAUGCCAGACGGAUCCCAGUCUCUCUUGGACGAUAAUGCAGCGGCUGAGGAAGGUAGACAUCACCAUCAUCACCGUGAGAGAGACCAUCACGAUUCGAAAAGUAGACGCAAAGCCGAUGUCGCUGAUAGUGCGAGCGCUUCUGUAUUGCCUCAAAAAAGAAAAAGGAAAGCUGGCGAAAGAGAAAGUAUAAGAGUGGAACGGGAGAAAAUCCCAGUCAAACCCAUCACAUCGAGCAAGAGCAAGAAGGCUAAAACUGAAAGCGCUCGUUCUGCGUUGAGCUCGGCACCUACUAGUCAAACCGCUAUCACCGCUGGUCCAUCAUCUGCACGGAUCCCUACAUCCGCUUCACUUCCUCACCCCUCAUCUCAACUGACGAUCGAUCCUUCGCAAUUUUUCGACCGCGUGAAAAGAGCGCUCGACUCCAGAGAUACCUAUAACGAAUUCCUCAAGGUCGUCAAUCUCUUUACACAGGGAUACAUUGACACAGCUCGACUAGUCAAAGAAUCGAGAAACUUUCUAGUUGGGGAUGGAGAACUGAUGAGAGGGUGGAUGGAGAUUCUUGGGUGGGACGGUAGGAAAGAAGAGUCCGAAGGCUGGGAAGACGCAGAUGGAUGGAGCCGACCCGUUGUGGUUGACGAGGUCAUCGAAAGACCCAUACCAAUACCAGGCAGGGUAGACUUGAGUGCUCAGUAUGGAAGUUAUAGAAGGCUACCCGAGAGUGAAAUCAAUGUUACAUGCUCCGGCAGAGAUUCCAUGUGCCGCGACGUGCUGAACGACGAAUGGGUCUCUCAUCCUACAUGGGCCCUCAAUUCAUCUUCCUAUGGCUCUGCCUCGACCAGCAACAACUCUUCCGGCAACAUCACAUACCCGGAUCCCUUCGAUGACCCAACGUUCUUCUGGGCUGUAUCACGGAAAAACGUCUAUGAAGAAGCUCUUCAUCGGUCGGAAGAGGAGAGACACGAGUAUGAUUUCCAUAUCGAAGCCAUCUCCCGUACCAUCGCAAUCCUUGAACCUAUCAAUAACAAGAUUUCCCAGCUCUCACCCGAAGAGCGUGGUGGAUUCAGGCUCAAACCCAAUCUUGGCGGCUCCGCAAAAGCAAUACACCAGCGCGUUGUGCGGAAGAUUUACGGGCGCGAGGUCGGCACAGAGGUGCUUGCUUGCAUGCAAGAAAGUCCGGCACAUGCUGUUCCUGUGGUUCUCAAUCGGCUGAAGCAAAAAGAGGAAGAGUGGAAGCGUGCGCAGAGGGAGUGGAACAAGGUGUGGCGAGAAGUGGAUGCCCGAAAUUAUGCCAAGUCACUGGAUCAUCAGAGUGUCAACUUUAAAGCCGCAGACAAGAAGUUGCUCACAGCUAAGGCCUUUGUCAAUGAGAUUGAAGCAGCAAGGGAGGAGCAGAUGGCCUCUCGAGCGUCUCUCGUUGAUCCGCUGUUCUCGAGAACCCGUCCGCGUCAUCAACUAGAGAUCGACUUCGAGGACCUAAACGUUCUCCAGGAUUCACUCAAACUUGUACUCUCUUUCUUGGAUCGGACUCAAGGCCAAAUCCAUUGGACCGAACGAAGAAGAAUAGAGGCAUUUUUACGCGGUCUGGUGCCAUUAGUUUUCAUGCUCGAUGCAGGUGCCUUCAAUGCCGCUUUCGCUGUCGUUCUGGAGUUGGGUGGAGCAGAUGGAGAAAUAGAUUUGGAGGGAUUAGGCUUACCAGAUGUCGAAGCGCCACUCACGACAGGCUCACGUUCUGGGGGUGGUAGAAGCAAAAAGGGCGGUGGCGGUAACGGCGUAUCUGGUGGUGAUCUGCGGAAGAAGCUUCUGAAAAGCGAACAAGCCAAAUCGGGAAGGAAAACUCGGGGAGGCGUCACCCUCCAGGCUUCUCCGUCAGUCUCAAGAUUUGCUUCGCCAGCCCCUCAUACUACUCUGGAAGGUACACCCAAGAUAGUUCCAACAACGAGCAGGAAGAGGGGGGUUUUCUUCACGAACACAACGUUUUAUGUACUAUUGAGACUUCUUGGGGUUCUAUACACUCGCCUUUAUCUCUUCAAAUCCAUCAGUGCCCAGUUACAUGAAGAAGUCAGACAAUCUUCAUCUGGUUCCUAUUCUCCUGUUCACUACCAACCAAUAUCUACGUAUGAUACCACUUCGUCGAUUAUAUCCAACCUUCGUGGGCACGAAGAUUCCACAGUAUCUGAACAACCUGGAGAUAUAGACGUCCACACGGAGGUUGUGCCCUCCUUGUCGUUUGUACCAGCAGGACAGACAAACGAAGAGUCGGAAAGUUUCCAGAUGGAGCGCGAACGUCUUGAUCCUACUGCCGCACAAUCCUACGAUAUCCUCCUCCAGAAUUGCGAGAGGUUGUUCGACAAUGAGAUUGAACAGAGUGCAUUCGAGGAUCAAAUGCGCUCUAUGUUCGGCGUUAAGGAUGCUUACAAGAUCUUCACAAUCGACAAGCUCAUCGGAGCCAUCAUCAAACAGGUUCAAUUGGUCUUCGCAGAUCCCAAAUCUCAGGACUUGCUCGAAAUCUUAAAACGGGACAGAGCGAUGACUUCCACCACCUCACAGGAUCAGGUCAACAACAGACGGAAUGCCGAAAAAGUUUUGGGUCCAGAUGAGAAUUUGUUCAGAAUCGAUUGGCUUACUGAGAACAAAUGCCUGACAAUACAGUUGAUUGGAAAGGAUGAUUCAAGUUAUGAGGACUCGGAGGUACUGACUGGCCGUUGGCAGACUUACAUUGAUUCAUAUGUUGCGGGCGAAUCAACAGAGGGCAUAUCACCCCAAAGAGUCAAAAGCCCCUUUCUUAAAAGAAAUCUACCGGGCCCAGAACAUAUACUAGAGCCCAAUAUUGUUGGGAGUGACGCUCUGGAGAUCAAGGUGUGCGUGCGGACAUAUCGUCUGUUCUAUGUCUCGGACACGGAGGAUUAUCUCUUUGGCAUGAGGAAAAAGGACGAUUACGCGGCAAUUCUCCCCUCCUUACACAGACGGACGCAGGCCAGAAUGGCAUGGAUUGAGCGGAAUCGAGUAGAGCAACCCCAAGCGACUGAUGAGGUUGAGGGUAUGAACCCGUUUACCCCUGCGGUUACCGAAACCAGGCCAAUCACACGAACACAAGAGGAAGUCGAAGCCAAUGGCCAAGGAGAAAAGGAUUUGGCAUCAACGAGUGUUUCCGUACCCACAAGCGUUGUUUGAGUGGAAUGAUUAUAUGUAUUGUAUCCAUGCUGGGACAGUCGCGUCUUGACUCUUUCUUAUGUUAUUAGUGUAUGUAAUGUAGUCAUCAUUUUGGUUGAUGUUCUGAGGCUCAGUGAUUUAUCUUACCCUUUGUAAUGUCACUGCGGAAAGAGGGGUCGACUCAAACUCUUGAAUGUUGAUCACGGACAACCCA